UUAAAGUAAAAAACAUUCUAUCUAUGAUAGGAUGUAAAAUGCAAGUGCAGAUCUGUGUCUGUAAUUGAAAUUGGAGGUCAAAUAUGAGGAGGAGGAGAGUGAGAAUGAACAAAAUUGUUAUUAUUUUUGCUUGUCUAUCAAUGCUUCAGAAAAUGGCAUAUGCAGCUGAUGCCUUGACUCCAACAUCCUCCAUUAAUGAUGGCCAAGAACUAAUUUCUGCUGGACAAAAUUUUUCUCUAGGAUUCUUCACACCAGGAAUCUCCAAAAGCCGCUACGUAGGGAUAUGGUACAAGAAUAUUAUGCCUCAAACCGUGGUUUGGGUAGCAAAUAGAGAUUACCCACUCAAUGACUCAAGUGGAAACUUAACCAUUGUUGCUGGGAAUAUUGUACUUUUUGAUGGAUCAGGUAACAGGAUAUGGUCUACAAAUUCAUCAAGAUCAUCAAUUCAAGAACCAAUGGCAAAACUGCUGGAUUCUGGAAAUUUAGUCUUGAUGGAUGGAAAGAGCAGUGAUUCUGAUAGUUACAUAUGGCAAAGCUUUGAUUAUCCAACAGAUACAACGUUACCUGGCUUGAAAUUGGGUUGGGACAAGACCUCAGGUCUCAACAGAUAUUUGACUUCUUGGAAAAGUGCUAAUGACCCUUCUGCUGGAAGCUUUACUUACGGCUUUCACCAUAACGAAAUUACUGAGUUUGUAUUGCGCCAGGGAAUGAAAAUCACAUUCAGAAGUGGGAUUUGGGAUGGCACUCGUUUAAAUUCAGAUGAUUGGAUAUUUAAUGAAAUUACAGCCUUCAGGCCAAUAAUUUCAGUAACUAGCACUGAGGCACUGUAUUGGGAUGAACCUGGAGAUAGAUUGUCAAGGUUUGUGAUGAAAGAUGAUGGAAUGCUUCAAAGGUAUAUAUGGGACAACAAAGUUCUUAAGUGGAUUGAGAUGUAUGAGGCAAGAAAAGAUUUUUGUGAUGACUAUGGAGCAUGUGGGGUGAAUGGUAUUUGCAAUAUUAAGGAUGUUCCUGUUUACUGUGAUUGCUUGAAAGGCUUCAAACCCAAAUCACAGGAAGAAUGGAAUUCAUUUAAUCGGUCUGGUGGGUGCAUCAGGAGAACACCCUUAAACUGCACACAAGGUGAUAGGUUUCAGAAAUUAAGUGCGAUAAAACUACCCAAGUUGUUGCAAUUUUGGACUAAUAAUAGCAUGAAUCUUGAAGAAUGCAAGGUGGAGUGCUUGAAGAACUGUUCUUGCACCGCAUAUGCAAAUUCUGCCAUGAAUGAAGGGCCUCAUGGAUGCUUUCUUUGGUUUGGGGACUUGAUUGACAUUAGGAAGCUUAUAAAUGAAGAGGCUGGACAACUUGAUCUUUACAUAAAGUUAGCCGCUUCAGAAAUAGAGUCCACUGCUAAUGCUAUUAAAAGGAGAAAGAUAGCACUGAUUAUUUCAGCAUCUUUGGUGGCACUGCUGCUUUUGUGUAUUAUUUUGUACCUUUCUAAGAAGUAUAUAAAAGAGAGGACCACUACUGAUUUGGUCGCAGGUAAUAGAAAUCAUAAUGAACAUCAAGCAUCGCCUCUUUUUCAUAUAGACACUAUUCUGGCUGCUACAAACAAUUUUUCUACUGCAAACAAGAUUGGAGAAGGUGGUUUUGGCCCAGUAUACAGGGGUAAAUUGGCAGAUGGACAAGAAAUAGCUGUGAAAAGGCUAUCAAAAACCUCAAAGCAAGGCAUCUCAGAGUUUAUGAAUGAAGUUGGAUUGGUAGCCAAACUCCAACACCGUAAUCUUGUGAGUAUUUUGGGAGGGUGCACUCAAGGAGAUGAAAGAAUGUUAGUCUAUGAAUACAUGGCAAAUAGUAGCUUGGACCACUUCAUUUUUGAUCCUACACAAAGAAAAUUUUUGAAUUGGAGGAAACGGUAUGAAAUUAUUAUGGGGAUUUCUCGGGGACUACUUUAUCUCCAUCAAGAUUCAAAGUUAACCAUUAUUCACAGGGAUCUAAAAACUAGUAACAUUCUACUAGACAGCGAAUUGAACCCCAAAAUUUCUGAUUUUGGUCUUGCCCACAUCUUUGAAGGAGAUCAUUCUACAGUAACAACAAAAAGAAUUGUUGGGACAGUUGGUUAUAUGUCCCCCGAGUAUGCAGCAAAUGGGCUUCUUUCCCUAAAGUCUGAUGUAUUCAGCUUUGGAGUUAUAGUGUUAGAGAUACUAAGUGGCAUCAGAAAUAAUAAUUUCUACCAUUCAGAUCAUGAGCGCAAUCUGUUGGUGCAGGCAUGGAGAUUAUGGAAAGAAGGUCGAGCUGUGGAAUUCAUGGAUGCUAAUUUAGACCUUGCAACUAUUCGAUCAGAAUUACUAAGGUGUCUGCAAGUUGGUCUCUUGUGUGUGCAAAAGUUACCAAAAGACAGACCAACUAUGUCAUCUGUGGUUUUCAUGUUGAGCAAUGAAAGCAUUACACUUGCCCAACCAAAGAAGCCUGAAUUCAUUGAAGAAGGAUUAGAGUUUCCAGGGUACAGCAACAAUUCUAUGACUAUUACUCUAUUAGAAGCUCGAAAUUAGUUGCUAACUUACAGGUUCCAUUGCAAUUGCUAUUAGGCCGUUUCGGUAAUAUUUUGUGAAAGAGAACCAGAUUUGGAUGAAAGAAAGAGCAUUGUAGUAGGUGAUUACAUAAAGGCCCUAGCCCUGCACAAUAACUUUCUUUUCUUAGUUAUAUUCUUAUUAAAGGAUAUUUGCACUAUAUAGGAAAAUAAAAUAGAAAACAAGGCAGUGAGUCUCCAAAAUCUGAAAUAGACUAAUGUUGACAUCCUGUAGUGCCUCAGGGGUUUGUGUUCUUGGAUAUUCCAGUGCUCAAAGAUCUUCCUUCAACACUUCGAAUUAGCGGAA